AAUUGAUGCAUGCUACGUGUGCAACUCUAACAACUGUAGCUUAGCCAGUAGUGCCACUUGUACGCGCACAUCCAGAGUUCCAGACCGAUGCAAAUGGCAGCCACCGAGCAGAGCAAGACGGCGACCAGGACGUUCGGAUGGCUGUACGUGGCGCGGUGGGCGGUGGCGUCCGUGGUGACCGUGCUGGCCGUGGCGGUGAUCGUUCGGGCCGUGGUGGUGAUGCUCCACCCCGAGAAGCUGCAGCUGAAGCUCGCCGGCGGCCGCGUGGCAGUCGACUGGAUCCCGUCGAUGCCGCCGCCGGGCAAUGUCGUGGCGCUGAACUUCGUCCUCAGGGCCAACAACCCCAGCGGGCGCGCCUCCGUCGAGUACACCAACGUCACCGUCCGGCUCACGGACGUCACGAGCGCGUCGUCGCCGUCGCCGACGAAGAUCGCCGAGUUCGACCUGUCGCAGUCCAUCCCCGUGCUGCAGCGGACGGCGCACGAGGCGAUGGUGAGGGUGACGAUGACGCCGGGCGAGGACGUUCCGAUGCGGUACGUGCGGGCGCUCUUCGAGGGGCGCAGCGUCGACGGCGUGGAGAUGAUGCUGCGCGGGGUGUUCCACAGCCACGUAGCGAUGGCCAGCGGGGACUACGUCACCACCAGCGACCUGGCCACGUACUACUGCUGGCCGGUGACCAUCGCCGUCGGUGGCUCGUCCUCCUCGUCGUCGCCGGACUACGCCAGCGUCGUCGUCACCGACGCGCCGUGCCUGGACAAGUCGGAGGCCCCGGCCAUCGUGUGAACUGAGGCCAGCUCCGCUCCAACGGUAGUAGCUACGUGAUGCCAUCCGUUGCCUCCCCCAUGGAUCAACCAAGCUAUGCCUACCGAUCCAUCUAGCUACCUGCAAUCUACUGUAUUUACUAAAUUAGUGUACGGUAGAAUCGAUUGAUAAGGCAUGGAUGGCGAUUGAUCGUCGACCAUUGUUGCUGCUUG